AUGGGAGGAACAGCUCGGGAAAGCCCGGAGCACUGCUGCUUUCUGGAUGCAGAAGCAUCCAAGAUGCGAAAGAAGACGUGCACCAGAUACCAGAUCUGCGGACUGUUAUUCAGCGUGCUGCUCAUUUCUCUUAUUCUGAUAUUUUUUGGUGUCAAAUAUCUCUGGAACUCAACACCCAGAAAAGUUUAUGAUAUGGAGCACACGUUCUUCAGCCACGGUGAGAAGAAGAAGAUUGUGAUGAAGAUCGACCCGCUGGCCAGGACAGAGACCUUCAGGAGUGGGAACGGCAGCGAGGAAAUCCUGGAGAUUCAUGACUUCAAAAACGGGAUAACUGGCAUCUUCUUUGUGGGACUUAAAAAAUGUUUCAUCAAAACUCAGACUAAAGUCCUACCUGAGACCACAGAGGCCAAGAUCCCCGAGCUUGAGGGAGAAGAAAUCACAGCCACCUACUUUGAGCAGUCUGUGGUCUGGGUGCCUGGAGAGAAGCCCAUUCAGAACAAGGAGUUCCUGAAAAGCUCCAAAAUUUUUGACAUUUGCAGAAACAUGACCAUCUACUGGAUCCACCCAACACCAAUAGCAGUUCCUGAGCUGGCCAGUCUUGAAGGGGCAGAAGAAGAAGACCCUGAGCUGCUCGUAGACAACCAGAGUUGGUUGGACAGGGGUAGCAAACGUGAGGUGGAGAAAGAUGCACAGCCAGGACCCAAGCGUCGGGCACGGCAGCUCACCGAGGAGGACCUGCCCAUCAAUGACUAUUCAGAGAACGGCCUGGAGUUCCACCCCUUGUGGGACGAGCGAGGCUACUGCUGUGCACAGUGCCGCCGUGCCAACCGCUACUGCCGGCGGGUCUGCGAGCCCCUCCUGGGCUACUACCCCUACCCCUACUGCUACGAGGGUGGAAGGGUCAUCUGCCGGAUCAUCAUGCCCUGCAACUGGUGGAUUGCGCGGAUGCUGGGCAGGGUGUAG